ACAGACAACCUAUUUUGGUGUAAAUGAAAGAGAAACUUACAAGUCCAAUACUUCUUUCUUUACUCGAAACAUCGAAAAAUAACCUGAGCAUUAUCAAAUCUGGUCGAUUAUCUCAGAAAAGUGAUAAACUCAUUUAAGUGAUUAAGUUGUUUCAAUAUUUACGUGGUGAUAUUGUUGUAAAGCUGUAGAAUGAAUAAUGCACCGCAGUUCUCGUUGCGCUGGAAUAAUUACGUAUCUCACGUAACAGAAGCGUUCAAUGUUCUCCGUUUUGAAAACGAUCUAGUGGAUGUAACGCUGUGUUGCGAUGGAGGCAAAAUUAAAGCACACAAAAUGUUGUUAUCUGCAUGUAGCAGUUACUUCAAGCAAAUAUUCAAAGAGAAUCCAUGUCAACAUCCAGUGAUCAUAUUCAGAAACUUCAAGUUUGAAGACCUCAAUGCGAUCAUCAACUUUAUGUACCAUGGUGAGGUGAACAUAUUCCAAGAACAGUUGGAAUCAUUCCUCAUAACUGCUGAGCUACUAGAAGUUAAGGGUUUGACUGAUAACAUGGAGGAUGAAUCAUCUAAAAGCCAGUUGAGGAUAACAGACAACACCUCUUUAGAUUUAAGUACUAAAUCAAGUAGAAUGACUGAGGAUAUUGUGCCUAUAUUGUCUGAUGAACCAAUUAACUUAGCUACUAUGCAGAGUUCCAGAGAAGAGUACAUUCCACAACCUAUCACAUUGACAAGCAACCCGAGCAAAAGUAUUCCAGAACAAGAAAAUGGUACUGUUGAAAUGCAGCCGGAAACUUCAAAGUCUGAAGAUAAUGUGAAAUUGAAAACAGCACCAUCUACUAGUGAAGAAAUGCAAGUUGAUACACAAUCAACGUCAGUUGAAGAUUUAUCAGAAAAAAAUAGUUCUGAAUCAGAACUGGCGAAAUUUCGCUGCCAAUUGUGUCCAAAAGGUUUCAAGCAUCCCACUUCACUGACAUUACAUAAGGAUUCACACGCAGGAAAGACACAAUGCCCAGUGUGUCAUCGGUCUUUCUCAAGGUCCUAUGACAUGAGGAGUCACCUGCAAAGGAUACACCAAGGAAAACAACUGACUAUUAAGGAGAUUAGAUAUAAGAAUACCAAUGACAAUGUGGCCCCUAAGCAGUUUACCCAUCAUAUUUAGUUAUAGCUUUAUGGUAACCAAGUUACCUAUUAUAGCACUCAGUGCAAACACCUAGAACUGUCUUUAUAUAUUAUAGAGUUUAUGUAUAACAGCUAUUACUUAUAUUGAAAAUAAAUAUUAUUAUUUACUAUUUUUAUUAAAAGUCACAAAUGAUAUUGCUCAGUGCUAGCUUUGGCUAUUUUUAUACUAGUCUGUAAAAUACUGUUUUAAUAUAAUAAUUGUUUCCAUUA